AAAAAUUCUCUACAACUUUUCUUCACGAAAAAAUUUUUCAUUACGGACGGACGGAGACGGAUCGAAGAAGAAAUCGAACAUUUUGAAUUUUCUUGUAGUGUGUUUUUCUAUUCAUCCUCAAAAAUCCAAAAUUAACAUAAAUUAAAUUAACAAAUAUCCCUAAUCAUGGGCAAUGUAAUGGCUGCAUCGAAAAAUGACCCCAAAAUGGGCAUUCCUGACUCUUUGCUUGCGGCUCCAGUUCCAGCACCAGCCACAGUUCAAACCCCCUCAGCUGCUACUGCCUCCAUUGGCAAGAGCAACCUAGAGAAUCCUGGAACAGUUGAGGAAUUGCACAAGAAAACUAAAGAUAUUAUGGCGGUGACCUUCGAAGGCGCAAAGGUUUUGCUCAACAAGGGACUCAGCAAUCACUUCCAGGUUUCGCAUGCGAUUAACCUUUGCAGCACACAGCCGAGUGGAUAUCGAUUCUCUGCGACUUAUGUUGGUACUAAGCAAUUGACACCCUCGGAAGCGUAUCCAGUGAUCUUGGGCGAUAUCGAUCCGUCGGGCAAUUUGAAUGCCAAUCUAAUUCAUCAAGUUCAUCCGAGAGUGCGGUGCAAGUUUGGUUCUCAGAUUCAAGAUAGCAAACUUACAGCUGCUCAGCUCUCGACUGACUACCGUGGUGAUGAUUUUACUGCCACCCUAACUGUGGGCAAUCCCAAUUUGUUGAACAAUUCGGGAGUUAUUGUCGGACAUUACCUUCAAUCUGUGACAGAGAAACUAGCUCUGGGCGGAGAAUUGGCCUAUCAAUAUGGCCAGAAUGUACCUGGUGGACAAAUUGCGAUCUUGUCGGCUGUGGCUAAGUACACAAACGGUGACUCAACAUGGUCUGGCACUUUGGGAGCCGGCGGUGUGCAUGUGUGUUUCUAUCAGAAGGCCAGCGAGCAGCUACAGAUUGGUGUUGAGGUUGAGACAAGUUUGAGGAUUGGUGAGUCAAUUGCUACAAUUGGCUAUCAAGUGGACUUGCCAAAGGCUGAUUUAGUUUUUAGAGGUUCAUUCGAUUCCAACUGGACAGCAUGUGGUGUUCUAGAGAAGCGCCUACAACCAUUGCCAUUCUCUUUUAUGCUUAGCGGACGGCUAAAUCAUACCAAAAAUCAAUUCAGACUUGGAUGCGGGCUUGUUAUUGGUUAACCUUAUUCCUAACAUGUCAUCAUCAAAAAAUCCCCAGUUAUCAUCGGCCAAAAGCGCCCUCCCCCACCCCAAGGCCACUUUUUGCUUAAAACAAAAAGUUAAACAAAAACAAAAUACAAAAAAUUAAGCAACACAAAUAAACACAUGCUCGUUAUUCCUUUUGAAACUUGUCGUAGUCUACAUAGAAAUUUAUUGUUAAGGUAAUAAUUUCAAAAAACAAAACAAAAACAACAUACAAAUAAAAAAUAAACAUACAUAUUUUGUCUAAAUCAACAACAAUUAUCUCCAUCCAUAAUUAAAAGAGAAAAAAAUGAUCAUAAAAACAUAAACAUGAAGAAAAUCCAAGAAUAAAAACCUUGAUUGUCCCUAAAUGGCAUUUUCAACACAAACACAAAAAACGCAGUUUAUUGUUUAUUGUUUAUUAUUUAUUAUUUUUUUUUCUUUUUUAAUUAAACAAAUAAUUUUAAAAGGUUCUCCUAUUCCUUUGUUUUUAUGAAAACCCGUUAAUUUAGGUUUCGACUGCUUUUAGUGCAUUUUUAACUUCUAUUUUGUUUGGGUUUUCAAUAAAAACAAAGGAAAUUAUUUGCCGAUUAUAAUUAACUUUUACAACAACUCUAAACAGCUGCCUGUAGUUUUUUUAUUUGUAAUCAAAUAAAUAUACAUUUAAAUAUAUUUUACAAUCAAGAUCUUUUUAUUGUUUUAGUUUUUUUUUGCUUACGAUUUACGAAUGUUUUUUUUUAAUAAUAAUAAUAAAAUAAAUUAGAAUGAUUUGAUGAAUAUGUAGUCUUUUGAUUGGCUUAGCAAUUAUAUUAUUACGUAACUUCUAUUAUACUUAACAACAAUUAAAGCAAAACAAACAAAAAACAUUGUACAGUAGAGAAUAUAUUAACUAUGCUAGAAGUUAAAUAAAACUGUGAACAAUUUAAAACAAAACAAACAAAUAGAAAUACAAUGGAAGACAUUAAAUUUAUUGAACAAAAUUACAAAAUUCAAAUCGAAAUGAUUUAUCAAAUAAAAUUGUUAAAAGACUAGACAAA